AUGUCGAACCUUAACUCUUGGGAAGACGACCCUGCGGCCCAGGAAGAGAACCUGGCCCAGCAGGCCCAGCAGAUGAACCUGGGCAACCAGCCCCAGGCCCAAUCGCAAGGCGGCUUCCGCCCUGGCGCUGCGACCUUCUCCCCUGGAGCUGCUGCAUUCCAGCCCGGACAACCCUUUGUUCCAGGAGGCUAUGGCGGCCCUCAGUACCAGCAAGGAUACUAUGGCGGUCAGCAAGGCUACUACCCACAGUAUGGCGGUCAGGGCCAAGGCUACGCGCAGUAUGGGCAGGGUGGUUACGGCAAUGUCUACGGCCAGGGCCAGUACAACCAAGCAUAUGGCCAAUACCAGGGACAAGGCUUUCAAGGACAACAAGCCCCGCAACAGCAACAAGCACAAGCUCCCAGACAGACUCCCACCAUCGCCAAGCGACCGAACGACCCUGCCGCUGCUUCUUCCGAAUCCGCACCAAAGCCUACCGUUCAGAAGGAGGGCGGUACCAAGGUUCUGAGCAUCGGAGGCGACGCCCCCAUGCCCAAGGCUAAGGUCCUUUCGAUUGGUGGCACGGCGCCUCCCAAGGAGGAACCAAAGACCGAGGAGGCUGCGUCAGAAUCCAAGGAGGCCGCCGCCGACGAGGGAGCCAAGGUGACAGCGGCAAAAGCGAUCGAGAAGACUGGCGAGAAGGCCGGCUCGGAGAAGGCGUCCUCCGGCAAGACGUCCCCUACACCAUCCUCUGGGCGAUCCAGCCCCUCACGGGCCGGCCCUAAGGGCGCCAGUCGUGAUGCGGUGGCUGUCGAGCAGGAGCAGACUGCUGAUGUCGACGAGGAGACGUUGAAGGAUAUGUACGGUAAGGAGCACGUCAACAUUAUCUUCAUCGGUCACGUCGACGCCGGAAAGUCCACUCUUGGUGGCUCUAUUCUCGUCGUCACAGGCAUGGUAGAUCAAAGGACAUUGGACAAGUACAAGAAGGAGGCCAAGGAUAUGGGUAACCCGUCAUGGUACCUCUCGUGGGUUUUGGAUCUUACAAACGAAGAAAGGUCAAAGGGUAAGACUGUCGAAGUUGGUCGAGGGUUUUUCGAGACGGAAAAGCGGAAGUACAGUGUUCUGGAUGCUCCCGGCCACAAGACAUACGUGCCAAACAUGAUUGGCGGAGCCUCACAAGCAGACGUUGGUAUUCUCGUCAUUAGUGCACGAAAGGGCGAGUACGAAACUGGAUUCGAGAAGGGUGGCCAGACACGUGAGCACGCCAUGCUGGCCAAAACCCAAGGUGUCAACAAGUUGGUGGUGGUGAUCAACAAGAUGGACGACCCGACGGUGGAAUGGUCGCAUGACCGUUACAAGGAGUGCACGACUAAACUGGCCACUUUCCUCAAGGGUACCGGGUACAAUCUGAAGACGGAUGUGUUCUUCAUGCCCGCCGCAGCCCAGUCACUGCUCAACAUCAAGGACAGGCUACCGGAAGGAGUCGCACCAUGGUACGAUGGGCCAUCACUGCUGGAGUACCUGGACAACAUGCAGGCUCUGGAGCGCAAGAUCAACGCGCCUUUCAUGAUGGCCGUGUCUGGCAAGUACCGCGACAUGGGCACCAUGGUCGAGGGCCGUGUCGAGGCUGGUGUGGUGAAGAAGGGCAUGACCUUGACUAUGAUGCCUAACAAGGCCAAGAUCGACAUUUCUGCAAUCUAUGGCGAGCAAGAAGAUGAAAUCCCCCACGCACAGUGCGGCGACCAAGUACGAAUGCGGCUGCGAGGUAUUGAGGAGGACGACAUCCUCCCAGGAUUCGUGCUCUGCUCGCCAAAGCGCCUGGUCCACUGUGUCAAGUCCUUUGACGCCCAGAUCCGAAUUCUGGACCUGAAGUCCAUCCUUUCGGCUGGUUUCAACUGUGUGCUCCAUGUUCACGCAGCCAUCGAAGAGGUCACAUUUGCGGCUCUGUUGCACAGCCUGCAGAAGGGCACCAACCGCAAGAGCAAGCGGCCGCCUACACACGCAAAGAAGGGUGACAGCAUUAUUGCACGAAUGGAAGUUACUGGCGCCUCAGGCGCAGUUUGCGUGGAGAGAUUCGAGGAUUAUCCUCAGAUGGGUCGCUUUACUCUGCGUGACCAAGGUCAGACGAUCGCUAUUGGAAAGAUCAUCAAACUCAACACCGAGGAUGCUGCCUAA